AACAUGUUUUAUAGCAUAAAAAUGAAACUAACCAACACACGUGUAAGAAGAACGUAAAUAUAGCCGAUAUUAAGUAAUUUAAAAAAAGAUUGGAUGUAAAAUGAUACGCAGAAGUUUUCUUCCUGUGAUAACUUCCUGGUUGUCAAGAGGAAAUAAGCAUAUUGUGAAUGUUGUAUAUUCCUCAACAUUAGUUACUGAUAGUUCACAUUAUGUGCACUCCAAAGGGACUGAGAACAUUAAUAUUAAUAUAAAAGAAGUCAAGAAAAAGGCCAAAUGGAAAAAAAGUAUCUCUAUACUGGAUGACGAGGAGAAGCUUGAAGCCAUUAAUCAUGUAGAAAAUGUUAGUGUUCCAGAUGAAAUUAGUCCUGAUUUAAAACAGUCGCUAAUGCUCGAACGAUAUAAAAAUACAUUAUAUUUGAUUGACAGAGAGGCAGCUAGAAGAUAUGUCUCUUUUAUUAUAAAUGAUCUCUCGAAGAAUACAUCCUUCGUCGCAGAAUUAAAUUCUGGCUUCGGUGUGCUAACUGCAGAACUGUUGAAAGCUGGUGUACCGUUGAUUCAUGUGUACGCGCCAAAUAAAGUUUCAUACUCAGUACUGGACGACAUCAGCAACGCAUAUCCUGGUAGAUUAAACAUUAAAGAUUUUAAUAUCUUGAAGAUCACCAAACUCUAUUAUAUGGAUAGAGUUAUCGGCGGCAAUCGGGUGCAAGAAAUCUUGAAGGAAGUAAAAAAUAAAAAAUGGGAGGAUGAAACUUCCAUGCAGAUAAUUACUGCGACGUCUAGUACAGAGUUUUUCAAUCAUCUUCUGAAAAGUUUACUUUUCCGCAGUUGCUUCAUGUCCCGCGGAAGACCUGUCUUUUACCUCGCAGUGCCUCCAUCUCUGUGGAAUAAAUUUGUCUACAAUACAAGCGACAGUCACAGGUACAAUUAUAGGAGAGUGUUGUUCAAAUUGAUGUUUGAUGCUGAACUCCUGGGAACUUUGGACAGGAAGUCCUUCUUACCUUGGCCGAGACAAAAGAAAUUUACAACAAAGUCAGCUAUUGAAAGGGCGAAAUUAGAUUACGCGCAAAUUUAUGUGGCAAGAAUCGAACCGAAGAUUGAUUUUUAUUCGCAACUGUCGGAAAAAGAUUGGUUAAUAUUUUGGUAUUUCGCGAGACAUCAUUUACGGAGGCGCACUAACAAAGUGAUACCGGAACUAGAAAAGUGGGUGCCAGGUUGUGGAAUCAGACUGAUAGCCAAGGACUAUACGAUAUUCACGCAAUUCAAAGAUUUGACGCCGGCGCAAAUCAUGGAACUCUUCAUAGAAUUUAAAUCCUGGCCGGAAUAUGAAAACAAUUAUUUUCUAGCUUUUAUGAUGGAUUCUUUAAAAACGAACGAAUUGCAAUUAUUAGAGCUCGAAAACUUGAAGCUGAAAGAGUGAUUUUGUAAAUACACUUGUAAAUAUACGAUAUAAUAAUGAAA